CUAGGGUGGAGCGGAUUCCACGCCUCUCGUGUUUUUGUGCGCACCUCCGCCGCGCGCUUGAAGCUCAGCUCAAUUCAGGAGCCAGCUGGUUCGGACAAGCGAGCGUUUCGAACGAUCGACCGAGCACCGAGCAAGAGAUGAUGCUUGCGGAGCCGCUGCGUUCGGCCAUGACGAUCGGGAGAGUCGAGGACACGUCGCUGGCUCUGCCGUCCGACGCCAGGCUGCACACUGGGGCUCACCGCGUGCUGGAUCAAGUGCAGACUAUCAAGAGGAGCAAAUCCAAGCAUGGCAAGAACGGCACUCCUACAAGCCCCACUGUGUCGCCCUUGUCGCCACUGGACGAGUUUGGAACAUUCCAGUUUUUGCCCACCAAAGCCAAUGGCACCUUCGGUCGCAGUGUCUCAACCAAGUCGGCAGCGUACAACAAAGCGCAAUAUGCCCAAAAGAGUCGGUCUCUGUCCACAAAAAGCCUGGGAGCAAGACACCUCAGCACCACUGGUGGAUGGGAACAACAAAUCAAUGCUUCCAACUGGCCUCAAAAUACCGUCGGGAUGAAACCCAGCCGCAGUGAUCCCGCCUUGGCUCCUGCGAGCAUCAGGAGAGCCAAAGGGCAGACCACCCAGACUCAAGUCAAGAGACUUAGCACGUACUCCACGAGCAAUGGCUUCCCCACGGCAAUGGGCCAACAGCGGUUUUUAGAAGCGCCUCCCGACCAGUCUCAGUUUAUCAAAACGUCCAGGAUGGAACAGCAAUCAGCCAUCAACAGUUCACUGAACGCAUCGGAUUUGACAAUCAAGGAAGCUGUCGAGUUCUUGUCUCACCCUGAGGAGAAGUUCCAGCAGUGUGGUGCCACCAUCAUUCAGCAAACCACUUUUAAAGACGAUCGUGCCAAACAAGAGGUUCUCCAGCUUGGCGGGAUCCCCACUCUGGUGACUCUGCUGCGCAGCCCCAGUCCUGCUGUGAGUCAGGCCGCCGCUGGAGCCUUGAGGAACCUGGUGUUCAAGAACCACAAGAACAAGCUGCAGGUUCAACACUGCGGCGGUAUCGCCAAAGCCCUGCAGUUACUAAAGGAGACCGACUGUAGUGAGACACAGAAGCAGAUCACAGGCCUGCUGUGGAACUUGUCCUCCGCCGAUGAGCUAAAGGGGGAACUUAUCGCCACGGCGCUGCCCGCCCUGACCGAGAACGUGGUGGUGCCGUUCACCCGCUGGUCGGACGACAGCGUCACCAACAACAUCCACCCUGAGGUUUUCUACAACACCACCGGGUGCCUGCGCAACCUGAGCUGCGCUCAAGUGAGAGAGAGGACGGCCAUGAGAGACUGCCGUGGACUUAUCGACUCCCUCAUGUGCUACCUUCAGUCCUGCGUGGCUGACAACAACCCCGAUGACAAGUCUGUGGAGAAUUGUGCAUGCAUCCUCCAUAAUUUGACCUACCAGCUGGAGAGCGAGUCCCCCAAGUGCUUUGCUGACUUCAUCCCUACGACAGAGAGCCAAUCUGGCAGGAGAAGCCCGACGGUCGGAUGCUUCAGCCCCAAGAGCGGCAAGGUUCAAAAGCAGUUUUCAUUUGAUAACGUUCGAGGAAUGCUCAACGAAGGUGACCCGACAGGUGCCAAGUGGUUGUGCCAUCCCAAAGCCAUGCAGACCUACUUGUCUCUGCUCAGCUCGUCUCAGAAAGACGCCACCUUGGAGGCGUGCUGCGGUGCGCUGCAGAACCUGACUGCCAGCAAAGACCUUGGGUCCAGUGCCAUGAGCCAGAUUCUGGUCCAGAAGUUGGGGGCUCUGAUGCACAUUGCCCCUCUGUUGAGGUCACCUAAGUCAAGCCUGCAGAAGGCCGCUGUGUCCCUGCUGGGUAACAUUGGUCGAACCAGCGGCUUGCAGGCCACCAUGGCAAAGCAGGUUUUGCCAGAGCUCACCAGCCUCCUCGCUGCCGGCCCCCGAGAGCUGGGCCACUCUGAUGAAAACAUAGCGACAGCUUGCAACACAGUGCGCAAUCUCAUGAUGGCGGACACGGAGGUCAACAAGAAGUUUAUCGAUGCCGAUUUGGUGUCAUCACUGGCUGACCUCAGUGGGAAUGGCUCUUUUCCCAAAGCCAGCAAAGCAGCCUCUGUGCUCCUCUACCACUUAUGGAAUGACAAGAACUUACAAAGCAUCUUGAAAAAGAUAGGAAUGAGCAAGUCAUUAUUCGUCAACGACAGCACAACGGCGGCGUACAGGUCCGUGCAGAUUAUCGAGUGAUGUGGAAGCUGGGGAGCGACGCCACGUUUGCCCAGAGAUGGAAAUCAGCAUGUUAAGACACUGUUGAGGCCACACCCUUGCGACAUGGAGGGUAAAAUUAUCGCCUUCACAACCGGCGCACUAAAAGGGCUUGAGCAAUUCUGAAUCUUAUCAUUGCUCUACAUAUUAUGUUGGAAGAAAAAAAAACCCUUUGAAACGUCAUUAUUAAUCCUGCGGUGUUGUAUGUAUUUAAUUUGGAUUGGUUUGCAUCUGUGUAUAGAAAUGGGCAAGUGUGUUUAGUUUUUGUUUUUUGCUUGGUUAACUUGCGUGUGAGGUUUUUUUAUGGCUUCUGUUGAGUAGUAUGUGUAUGUCGUGAAAAAGGUUAAAUAUAUCACUUCUAAUCACAUCUUUCUUGUGACCUUGAGGACUCAGGAGAUGAUGAUGAUUAUGAAUGAAAGAAAAAUGGGAACGUGUGCUUUGUUAAUUUAAUUUCUUGCUAAACACUGAGUUACGGGGAAAUUGUUUUAGUUUACCAGAAUGAUAUUAAAGGAGAAAUCUAUCCCAUGUAAGACAGUUGGCCUAGCCUGGCUUGGUAUAAGUUAGCAUUAGCCUUUAAAUCAGGAGGAGACGUUAGGAUCUCCUCAAAUGAUCACGACUUAAAAUGUUCUUACUCAUUGGUAUAUUUUGAAACAUGAAAAUAGGACAAACUAUGUUACACUGUGGAAACAUGUGACACGGUUACAUUGCGUUUGCUAUAUUAACCCGCUACUGGCAACUCAUUAAACUCACCGCGACAGUAUGUUUAACGAUGUGUACAAUUAACUCUGAAUGUUCCUUUUCUGUUAAUGUUAUAAGCAGGCAAAUUAAUUGAUUUAUAUUUCAUGUUCCACCUUGCUUAUUUUUUAACAUGUUUUUUCUGUUUUAUGAAUAAAAUGAGGAAUUCAAAACACA